AUGUCAGGCCCAAACCCGGUUUUGGUUUACUUGCCGACAGGUGAAGUAGUCUCUUCUACCUCAUCACUGCAAGGGAGUCUAAAGAACAGUGGGUGGGAGAUGGGCAACGGUGGAGAGCCAGAUCGAGUCCUGUACAUUAAACCCCCCUCUGGCCCCUCCGACCUAUUCGAAGAACGCAUCUCCAUACCAUUAGCCUUCUCCAAGUUAACCUCUGUCGACAUGUACGACAUCGUCUUGAAGAACCCUAAUUCCUUCACCGUCCGUUUUAACUGA